AUGAGAAAAAACACCUCUGUGAUUGAGUUUGUCAUACUGGGCUUCUCUGAUUACCCAGACAUGAAUCCUGGUUUGUUCAUGGUUUUUCUAUGUAUUUACAUCAUCACAGUGCUGGGCAACAUCCUCAUCAUUAUCAUCAUAAGUGUGGAUCCUGUUCUUCACACUCCUAUGUAUUUCUUCCUCAGGACCUUGUCUUUCCUGGAGAUCUGUUACACAUCAGUGACUCUACCCAAGAUACUAGCCAACUUGGUCUCAGAGAGUAAAACCAUAUACUUUGCCAGUUGUGCUGUACAGAUGUAUUUCUCUCUGUUCUUCGGUGUUACUGAAUGCUUCCUGCUUGCUUGUAUGGCCUAUGACCGCUACAGUGCCAUAUGCAAUCCAUUGCUCUACACUGCCAUCAUGAAUAAGAGGGUUUGCAUCCAGCUGACAGGUGGCUCAUCUAUCUGUGGCACCUUGGCGGCCAUGGGGCACACAACUUCUGUCUUCACACUUCCUUUUUGUGGAUCCAAUGUAAUCAAUCACUUAUUUUGUGAAAUCCAGCCAGUGCUGAAGCUGGUGUGUGGGGACACCUCUUGGAUUGAGAUCCUGGUAAUUUUGGGUGCUGCCUUUGUCCUCAUACUGCCUUUCAUGCUGAUCCUGGUGUCCUACAUCUGUAUCAUCUCCACCAUCCUGAAAAUUAGGUCCGCUGAAGGCAGGCGCAGAGCCUUCUCCACCUGCUCCUCACACCUCAUUGUGGUCACGUUGCUCUAUGGGACGGCCCUUAUCAUGUAUGUGCGCCCCAAGUCCAGCUUCUCUCCAGAUGUGGACAAGUUACUCUCUCUGUUCUACACAGUGGUGACUCCAAUCUUGAAUCCCAUUAUCUACAGCCUCAGGAACAAGGAGGUGAAAGAUGCCUUGAGGAAAAGCGUUUGGCAGCCACCUGUUUUCCAGGAACUGUCUCCUGGAGGUAGGUUUGGGGAGUGUUUUCUUGCAAGAAACAAGGAGGAGGAGUUGGAUACAGUAGCAGCUGCCCCAUAA